CUCUUUCAAAUGUCAUAUUCUCUAUAUAAAUAUGAUGUCCAAAGUAUAUUCUUAACUACCAAUUUCUAGGCCAAGCGCGUGUGGAUCACUAAAACACCAACAAAACAUCUUAUAGGACCGAUCUAAUUAAUCACAAUCCUGUGUGAUUACAAGAUAACUAUUUGGACUGCCUUUGAAGAAGGAACGAGAAUGGUGUGUUUCUGUUUCUUGGUGGACCAGAAGAAGAAGAUUAAAGCAAGCAAACCGGCGGCAGGAACGUGUUCCCGGUGCGGUCGUGGUGCAAAAGUCGCUGACAUGAAGACUUCGACGAGGUUUUGUCUUGUACCUUUUUAUUGCAGAUCUUGGAGAGCCAUCGUCUGCAGCUUUUGCGGCUCUGUUCUUAAAACGUACCGUUGAUAUAUUUAUUUGCAUGUUUAUUUAUAGCUCUCCUUCCCCAAAUUUUAAUUUCGUUGUAUAUACUGGCCUGGUUUUUACAGUAGGCUUAGUUUUUCUUCAUAAAGGGAAAAUGUUUCAAAACUAAAUGAUUUUCAUCUGUAAUUUGUGAAACAGCGAAAUAUUUCUCAUAAUUUACAU